AUGGAUCCCCCACCUACCCGGAUGUUUGAGCCCGACCAAUGUGACGAGCUCGCUAAGCCAUCCAUUCCCCAAUUUGUUGUUUCCUGCUCCUUGAUGGGCUGGCUGCUCAUCUGCUACAUUCCACAAUGGAGCCGUAUCAUCUCGCGCAGAUCCGCAGAGGGCUUGUCGACAUACUAUAUCCUUCUCGGCUCUCUAUCAGGCGUGUGUGCCGUGGGCAACAUCAUGAUACUCCCUUCUAGCGCAGUUGACAUCGGUUGCUGCAGGACCAACACGCGCUUCGCCUGCAUCAGCGCCCUUCUCGGAAUGAUCCAGGUCAUCUUUGGCAUUGCAUGCUUCUGGAUCGUCCUUUUCACGUACGUCUACUACUCGGAGGAAGAGGCCGAUGCAGAAUUGCACGGGCGUCGACCAUCAUUAUCGGGACCCGACCGUACAUUCCGGCGAGCAAAGCGGGCAUGGAGAGUCCUCAUCGUCGCAUGCAGCUUCGCAUUUACUGUCCUCUUGGUGUCAGCCAUUAUCUUGCACCGCUUCCCUUGGUAUGCGCAGGCGUGGGCAGAUAUUCUCGGCGUCGCUGUGGCAGUCUUUGCAUGCAUCCAGUGGAUUCCCCAGGUCCGGACGACAUGGCACCUGGGACAUCUUGGAAGUCUGAGUCCAGUGUCUCUCUGUUUAAUGGCUCCUUACACUUGGAUAUUUGGAAUCAAUAUGAUGCUCCGAGUCGGCGUGACAGGCUGGAGCGUGUGGAUCGUUUACGUGCUUGUAGGGACAAUGCAGAUCAUCUUGAUCGUCAUGGCCAUCUGUUUCACGGUUAGGGACCGGAGGCUGGCCAAAUUGGGAAAACAACAUUGUGCUACUCCGGCACAUUUCGAAGGCUGGAAUACUUGGACUCGCUCUCGCACCUCAUCGAUCGUCUCAUACCACCUAGCGCCGGAUGAGCGGAGCCCGCUACUUCACGAGCAGCCCUCAACAAGGCGGCAAACCAUUCCCUAG